GAAGGGCUCUGGUGCCCGGGCUCCUAGCCGUGCCAAGAGCAGUCAAACCGGCGCUGUUGUCUCUUGCCAGGUGGAUGCCGCCUGUCUUCAGACAAGCUGCUGAGCCAAAUGCGGAGUUUGCACUCCGAGUCCAAGAGCUCUUGGCUGUGGAGCUGGGCGUGGUUUCCACACGACUCACUGCAGCGGAUAAAGCUGAGCAUAUGAAGAGGUUGCGACACACCCCGCCUCACCUCUUGGCCUCAGCUGCAGGCCAGCCCGGGGAUGCUGAGCGCAGGGCAUCUCCCACCCUGGCUGGUGUUGGGCCUCCUGCUUCCGAGGAUGUGCAGAUCGCAGAGAUGGCCCAGCGGGUUAAGGAGGUGCUCCCACAUGUGUCUCUGGGAACCAUCAGGAGAGACCUGGCCCAGACCAACUGUGUGGACACUACCAUCGCCAACCUCCUGGAGGGCUGGGUGCCCCUGCUCCCUGAGGACAAAGAGCUGGGGACUGGCUGCCUUGCUGCAUCUACGUCCCAGACUCCAGUGGCUUCCAGCCCUCAGUGCGCUGCAACUUCAUCCUCCACCAAGCCAUCUAUGAAGCUCUUUGCGAGGUCGCCUGUGGAGAGGCAUUUGUCCCUGCAGGAGCGGAAACAUGUGCUGUAUGCCUACGCCAGAAGGAGAUACCUGGAGAAGUACGGGACACAGCGGGCUGAUGGGAGCCACUGAGGCAGCCCUUCACCCUCCUGCCUGGGGCGUGCGCAGGGCUCGGGCCCACAGGGAGCGUGACUUCAGCAUGGCCGUUUUGCAUGAUUCAGCACUGCCGUGGAAUCCUGAACCCUCUGAACCAGCAUGCUUGAGAUGCAGCAGGGCCCUGGCCGUGUGCCAGCCCAGGCAGUAUCCAGCUGCCCACGGGGGGCAGUAAGUGCCUGUGUACCUCACAUCAGACCUGCCUGUCUCCAGCUAGCCAGACCGUGUUGCAGAGCUGGAACUGGCCCCAGGAGGGACUGGACUCGAGCAGCCUGGCCCUGCCUUCUCCACUUGGGCUGUUGUGUUAAACCGGGGGAGGGAGGGGGAUUUCUUUUUAGCCACAAAAAAUAAAUCUGACUCUUCUGGCCAGA